AUGGCGGUAACGGGCGCGCGAGGCGGCCCCGCCCCCUUCCGGAACCGUGGGCCGGUGCGGGCCGCGCGCUCCCGCCGGGCCGCGCGCCCCCGACGUCGCCGACGCCGGGCCGCCAGCCAGCUGACUUCCUCCCGCGGCUGUCUUCCACGCCGGCUCUGCGCUCCGGCGGCCGCGGGUGUCGCUGCCCAGCGCUCUGCGCUGCCGUCCGUGAGGAGGCCGCGCUGGGCUCCAAACCGAGCAGAAGCCGCUCCGUCGGCCUUCCUCAGCCUGGCCUCAGAGCCGGGCAACCUUCCGGUUUUCCGGAGCCCGUCCUCCCGGUCCCCUUUCCCCCCGAUCCCCGCGUGCCGCCUGCAGCCCGAGCGGCCCCGCGGCUGUCCUUCCUCCCUUCCCGGCGGGCCUAACCAGAGGAAGGUGUCGAAGCUCCUAACGGGAACCCUCGUCCGAGGGGGGCCCUCGGGCCGUGCCCUUGCCGCCAGUUACAAGAGGACUCGCCAAGUACAGGAAGGAGCGUCGGUGACAGACCCCAGCGGGAGCCUCUUCCGACAGGAAGGACGCCACCGUCACGGGCCCCACGUGGAAGAAGCUGGAUGUCGCGUCCGCCAGCGAGCCCAGCGCGCUCCACCGACGAGAUCCCUCCUCAUCCUGAACUCUUGCUCUGCUCCAGGAACUGUCCGUUCAGAGCAACCUCCCUCCGUCCUCCUGCCUGAAGUAACGGUCCUCUCCUUCGUGGGGCUUACCUGUGGUGUCGCCACAGCUUGCGGGCCCUGAACUGCAGUUCUUUGCUAUUCUGGAAUGAACGCAUUUUGCUGACAAAACUGUUUCAUCUUUCAGGUCAAUAAAAUUCUGUGUUUGGGUUUUUGUUUGUUUGUUUGUUUGUUUGUUUGUUUUUAAAGAUUUUAUUUGACAGAGAGAGAGAGAUCACAAGUAGGCAGAGAGAGGCGGGGAAGCAGGCUCCCCACCAAGCAGAGAGCCCGAUGUGGGGCUCCAUCCAGGACCUUGAGGCGGUGACCCGAGCUGAACCCAGGUGCCCCUGUUUGUUUGUUUUUAAAGAUUCAUUUAUUUGAGAGAGAGCACAGCCUGUGAACAGGGUGAGGGGCAGAGGGAGAGAGAGAAAUCCCCAAGCAGAACUCUCUGAGAAGCUUGAGCAGGACUCGGGGCUCAUUCCAGGACCCUGAGAUGGUGACCUGAGUUGAAAUCAAGAAUUGGACUCUUAACCCGCUGCGACACCCAGGCGCCUGCAGGUCAAUACAUUUUUAGUUUGAAAAAAUUUUAAGCCACCUACUAGCAUUUCUAUUUGUUCCUUAACACUCCUAGGAUGGAGUGCUCACUCCUUUUGCCAUGGAGCUUUUCCAAAACUAAGCAAUCUUAAUCACCGGAAAAAUUCUUACUUUAGGCAAAAAUCCCCUUACUGUAGCUGUCAAUGUUCACAACUCCCAGCACCACCACAUGUUGGAGGGAUCCCUGGUCCUCAUAAUCAUCUUCAAUGUAUUGCGUGGAAAGCAAGAUGGAGCCACUCACAUCCAACAGUGACCGUGUUAAGCCGUGAUUUAUGCAGCCAAAUAUGUUGCAGCUAAGACUAGAUAUCACUGAAAACAACACAAGCUGAGGAUACCCAGAACUGAUAACCAGGGAAACCAGAAGAGGUCUGCAAAGGCACAAAGUCCGAUUAAACGCCUUUAAAGAGUGAGGAUCUUUCCAAGAAAAGACCAGACUUUCUAGAUAAGGAUCUUUUCACAGCUGACCACAUCAAAAAGGUAAUUGCCACCAAAGGCUCUGCCCUGUUGAUCUCUGAACAUUCUCCGUGGCUUGAACAUAAUAAGCAGCACGUGCCAACAGCUCUCUCUGACCGGACUGAGGCUUUAUCUCAACUGCACACUCCCAGACUGACUUUGACUUUGGUUUGUUAACUUCCUACCCCUUGUAUUUUGCUUGGCGGGUGACUUUGUCUUACACUUUGCUUCGUGUGAUGUGUGAGAAGCCAAGUUAAACACACAGCAACAUGCCAUUGAGUUUGAAAUCUUGAAGCUGCUUUACAAUUAUGUUAAUCUUGCUUUAUGACGGAAUAAAGCUGACAUUGUGGAAAGAGACAA